AUGUGUGAUGCAGAUGUAUGCGUAGGCAUUCGCAUCCGGGAGACGGGCCAGGUACAUAUUUUGUCUGCAGAUGCUUCGGGUUUCUGGGCUUUCAUUGCUUCAAAAUUAGGCUCCUACUAUCCAGUCCCAAGUCUGAUUACAGACCAAGACUUACAGAGGACCCGGAAAGUCACAGAUGUCACCACCAUGCGAUGA